AAGCACGAACAACUUCCACGUUCGCCGCCAUUUUGACAUCCAGCGAAUUGUAAAGAAUUCAGUGGAGUGUAGCGUUUUUUCUUGAUAAAAUAGUUAUUUGUUCUUGAAAAUAUCAUCCUUAAAGCUACAAAAUGGGGAAUAUGUUUGCAAAUUUAUUUAAAGGCCUAUUUGGCAAAAAGGAAAUGAGAAUAUUGAUGGUUGGUUUGGAUGCAGCUGGUAAAACCACAAUUCUAUACAAACUUAAAUUAGGUGAAAUUGUAACAACAAUUCCCACUAUUGGGUUCAACGUGGAAACUGUAGAAUACAAAAACAUCAGUUUCACUGUGUGGGACGUCGGUGGCCAAGACAAAAUCAGACCACUGUGGAGGCAUUACUUCCAGAAUACACAGGGUCUCAUUUUCGUAGUAGACAGUAAUGACCGAGAGCGUAUCGGCGAGGCGCGCGAGGAGCUUAUGCGGAUGUUAAGUGAAGACGAGCUACGAGAUGCUGUACUUUUGAUUUUUGCAAACAAACAGGAUCUGCCAAACGCGAUGAACGCAGCGGAGAUAACGGACAAGCUGGGCCUGCACUCGCUGCGCAACCGCAACUGGUACAUCCAGGCGACGUGCGCCACGUCGGGCGACGGGCUCUACGAGGGGCUCGACUGGCUCUCCAACCAACUCAAGAACGCCAACCGCUAACCGCAUGUGCGCUAACAUCUCACAGACAAAUCUGAUUACGGAAAGAGACUAUGGUUUAAGAUAUGUUAACUUUAUUUGCUAUAAAAUACAAUGUAUUAUGUGCGAAAUCAUAAAUGUAUUACUGAUGCGUCACCCGGCGACCGAGCCUUUACCGCAGCCGGCGGCCGCGUCGGCCGGUAGUGAUGUGCUGUAGGGUCCAUGCUUCGGAUGCGCUGAUCGUUCGAUCCCCGAUGACGUUGAACAAAAUAUAGUGUGUAAAUUUAAUGCAAAAUUACAAUUUUGUUUAUAAUUAUCAGUAAAAGAAGGAAACGGUGUACACAAUAUUGAGUGAACGCGCAUUGUGAUGUGGAUAGGUAUGUAGCUGACACGUGAUAAAGUGAAUCACAGCAUAACAUGUUUUAUAUGUAUACUAUAAUGUGGAAUAAGUUGUCGUAAUAAAGUAUUUAAAGUUAAUUCUCUUCUUGUGAUUUAAUUUGAUGUAGUGGUAUGCCUGUAGUGACCUGGGGCGGAGUGCGGGGACCUAUUCACAUCGCUCUGUGGGACUCGACGUAACAUUCUGACUGUCACCGAUUUUGUGCAUAUUCCACUAAUACUUUGAACGACUUAUUGUAUGAUGAUAGUUUAUUUUUUAUGGAAGUUAACUAGGUAGAAUAAGCUGUUAUGUAUUUUACAUUCAGGAAACAGUUCUUAGACGGUCCCGUUCAGCGAAACGGCUCGUUGUGAUGAACCUGCAUUUACAGUCGACUUCUCACGGCGAUCCGAGAUUAACUUGUAAUUUAGGUAUAAAUAUGUAUUAGAUAAACAUGGUGUCAUUUUGAGAAGUGUUUCCGCCUAAUGGGAAACAGUGCUCAGAACUUCAGCGGUACUUUGCUCUUACACAAUUAAUUAUAACUUAGCAUUUUUAUAAUAAUUUAGAAGAAAUUGUUAAAACACAUUUCAAGGAUACAGUUGAUGUGGCUAGUGUGGUGGAUAGUUUUUUUAAUUUUUAUUGAAAUCGAAAAUUAUAAAUGCGAAAUGUGACAUUCCGGUUUGUCUUAAUGCUGUAUUAUGGAAUAAAAUAUCCUCACCGA